AUGGAGAACAUCGACUUUGAGCCUCCUAUCGAGACCAUUCUCGAGCAAGGCCAAGAGGAGGAAGACUACGCUCACCCUGGAGCAGCUGGCGAAGGUGAGAGCUCAGGCGACGUGGAGAACCUCAUGGACUACAAAACCGGAGAGUUCCACUUCAAGAACCACGAGAUCAAAGGGAGGAAGUCAGCGGCUAACACCGCACUUGAGAGCAUCAACACGCUAAAGCCUGGAACCAGUUCCAGGACAAAGCGAUCAAGUCCCUCCUCAAGACCAAACCUCAACCAGGAAGAGGAAGGCCUCGAAGUCACCUCAAGCGAGCACCAAAGGGUGAUUCCACAUCAUCCUCCUCCUCAGAUUCUUUCUGAGAGGUAUUCGGAGCUUAUGGCGAGGAGCAGACCGGAGGUGAUGAUCGGAGAUGGACCAGAAGGAGAUCGGAGUAAUCGGAUGGCAAAACAAGCAAGACGGAACAGAGCCUUGAGCAAAAGGAAACAGAGUGCUUGA